GGAGAGGGGAGGAGCAGAGGGAGGCAGGCGCUCAGUCUGUUUGCUCGCAGGAGGAAUCAGCAGCAGCAGCAGCAGCAGCAGGAGGACAAUGGACCGUCUCCACUCCGGAUCCUAACGGGCUGUUUCCCACGCGCUGGAAUAGAAGGAGGUGAAUAUCAAACAGCUUCAGAAUGCUGCCGUCCUCGUCCCUGCUAACCUGCUGUUUACCGGGGGGCAUCUGAUUUACCAAACAUGAUGAAGACUGAGCCCCCGGCGGCCUCGGGGGGCAACGGGACCUCCAGUGGCAGCAGCGGAGGAAGCGUGAGCUCGAACCUGAGAAGUCCCUCGCCCCACCGCAAUGCCUACGAGGCGGGGCUGGCAGCCCUCAAGAAGGCCACUGACCACCUCAACAAUGCCGCCAACGGAGGCACUGACCCUGCCUCGAAGCCUGCUCCUCUGCCCCGCCCAACCGGGAGGGGCCGGAAAUAUGGAUCAAAUGUUCACCGCAUCAAGAACAUGUUCAUGCAGAUGCAGUCUCCUGGUGAUGAAGAGGAUGGAGCCAAAAUGAUUGGUAAAGACCAGGCUGUGAAACUGUCCCUGCCGAGGGCAUCCAGCCUCAACGAGAAUGUCGACCACAGCGCCCUGCUCAAGCUUGGCGCCACAGUUUCAGAGAGGGUCAACCGUUUUGACUCUAAACCAGGCGGGGAGGGUGGGAGCUCAUCUGUGGGCUUCUCCAAGCUCCAGGAGACCAGGAGGAUCUUCGAACAGCGAACUCUACAGGAGAAGCAGGCUGCCACCAAUCGGAUCUUGCUGAAGAAGGAGCGGGCGUCGGGCUUCCAAGACAGUCGUCUAGAUGUUGUGGCUCGCUUUAACGGUUCCACUGAGGCUUUGGACCGGCUGGACGAUCCCCCUGCUCCCGCUCCCGCUCCCACUCCUGCCUCGGCUCCCAUUCCUGCCCCUGCUCUUGCACCCACUACUCUUCCUGCUGCUUCAGCUUCUGUCGGGCCUGGUGAAGCCGUCAGCCCCACAGUGAGCCAGCUUAGUGCCGUGUUCGAGAAAACUGAACCGCAAAACAAUCUCUACCUCCCGCACCGUCGAUCAGGUCCUGCCCUUGCACCUAAACCCAAACCUCCAGCCAGAGGGGAAGCUACCGGAAAGAAGGUGAAGGUGUUACCUCCAGAGGACUGCAAGGAGGUGGCAGCAGGAGUUGUGAGCACCAAGGCUGCAGAGCUACCAGAGGGGACAGGUUCUCUACAACGAAGUAUAGGAGGAGUGACGGCCAGCGAGGAGACGGACGGGUUCAGACAGUCGGGAGACCAGCUCUCCAACUCCUCCCACUCCUCAUCAUCCUCAGUGGCUGUCACUUCCUCCUCUUCCUCUUCAGAGGUAAAACCGGAGUUGGCGGCUCAGCCAACAGCAACUGAAGCCAGGGGUUCAAGUACAGUGGCUCUAGAGCGUGGACCACAAGCUGACGAGCAGGAUGACUCCACAGGGUCUGAGGCCGGAGCCAGGCUCGUGCAGGCCGAGGUUCAUGCCUCACUGGAAAAUGGAGAAAAAGAACCCCCGGCUUCUUCUCCCUCCUCAGAGGAGAAGGAAGCGGACUCCGAUGAGAGGAGAGGUGAGGAAGAGGGGGAGGAGAAUGAUGAGAACGGCUCGAGGAAGGACGAUUACUCGGAGGGGGAUCUGGUAGAUAUCAGUGCAUACAGUGGGCUUGGGGAGGAGGACUCCGGGGGUAGCCAACUAGACGAUGAGGAGGAUGAGGAAGAUGAGGAAGCGUAUCAGCCGGAGACCAGCUGCCACGAGAUCCCAGGUCUUCCUGAGGAAGAGGAGCCUCCGCCAUCCAAUAGGAAGAUACAAUUCAGCACUGGCCCAAUCAAGGUCUUCACCACCUACUCUAACGAAGACUACGAUCGGCGCAAUGAUGACGUUGACCCCAUGGCAGCCUCAGCCGAGUAUGAGCUGGAGAAAAGAGUCGAGAAGCUGGACCUGUUUCCUGUGGAGCUGGAGAAAGACAGUGAUGGUCUGGGCAUCAGUAUCAUAGGGAUGGGUGCAGGAGCUGAUAUGGGCCUGGAGAAACUGGGGAUCUUUGUUAAGACGGUCACCGAGGGUGGAGCUGCACAGAGAGACGGCAGGAUCCAGGUGAAUGACCUGAUAGUGGAGGUUGAUGGGACCAGCCUGGUCGGCGUCACUCAGAGCCUCGCUGCCUCCGUCCUCCGCAACACCACUGGCACCGUCAGGUUUGUGAUUGGCCGGGAGAAGCCGGGGGAGCAGAGCGAAGUGGCUCAGCUGAUCCAGCAGACUCUGGAACAGGAGAGGUGGCAGAGAGAGAUGAUGGAACAGAGAUACAAACAGUACAUGGACGAUGAUGAGGAGACAGGUGAAUAUGCAACGGACGAGGAGGAGGAGAUGAGUCCGGUGUUUCCGAACUCCAUUGAGGUUUUCGACCUGGCCGAGAACCAGGACAUGUUGUCUCCAGUGGAGCUGGACCCGGAGAAGCUGGCCCACAAAUUCAAGGAGCUCCAGAUUAAACAUGCAGUAACCCAGGCGGAGAUCCAGCUGCUAAAGAGGAAGCUGGCUCAUGCGGAGCAGGAUAAGUUGCGUUGGCGGAUGGAGCGUGCUCAGUUGGAGCAAAACAUCCGGGACAGUAAAGAGAGGAUGGAGAAACUGGAGGGCUAUUGGAUGGAGGCACAGUCCCUGUGUAAGGCUGUGGAUGAACACCUGAAAGAAACCCAGGCUCAGUACCAAACCCUAGAGAGGAAAUACAGCAAAGCCAAGAGACUAAUUAAAGAGUACCAGCAGAAGGAGAUCGAGAACCUGAAGAAGGAGACGGCUCAGCGUCGAGCACAAGAAGAGAGUGAGGCAACACACAAAGAGGAGGCGGACAACCUGCAGGAAAAGAUUACAGACCUGGAGACCAAAGUGGAUGCCCUCAAGACCUCCAAACCCUCCUAGACUGCUGCUACUCCCUACCUCCUGUCUGUGACUGGAAGAGGAGGAGCUCUGCCUUCAUUAUGACCUGGGCUGUAUUUUAUUCCAAUCAACCAUUUACUGCACGGACAGGUAGUAAAAAAAAAUUAAAUUAAAAAAUAAAUUUAAAAAAAAACAGGGAUGAGAACUGUAAAAGAGAGGACGAGGAGGGUGACAUACAAAGAGGAAAGACGCAACCUCUCAUCUGACAUCUGCCAACAGCUUAGAGCACCGUCGGUCAUAAAACCAAUCCCAGAAUGCACCUUCUGUAAUGCCCAGAAUCCUCCUUGUGUGUCUCCCUGGCAAUCAGCUUGGCAAUCAACACGGAAACCACAUUCAACAACCUGUACUUUACUUGUGGAUGGUCUUGUAUCGGCUUCUCCUCUCUUCAACAACAGUAUCUCACCAGGAUUCUCUGAUUGGUUUGAUUUGUUUUAAAGAACGCUUUUAUUAAAGAGGCUCGUCACAAAGUGCUUUAUAGAGUGACAGGCAUGCAGAGUACAACAGAGCAAACAGAAAGGACAAAAGGUCAUGUGAUUGUCGUUAUGCUACUUUUGAACUCGGCGAACUGGACCGUUCCUUCGGACUGGAUUCUCGUGAAGAGGACGAACGUGUUUUUAGUCUCCUGGCAUUGACCAAUCAUAUCAAAAGCUACAAGGAGAAACGUCCACCUCAUUUUUCACCUCAAGACUCGACACAGUUUCUGAAGUGGAACCUUGGUAGUAACAAAAAAAUCAUUGGAGAAAAUUAAAUGGCCACCACCUGUUGAUAGUUAAGUAAUAAAAACUAUGAAGCAAGAUGGCCGACAAAUUUCUGAUCAGUGACAAACUGUGAAAAACACAGAACGCCCGCCCCCAGCCUUUCUUUUUUCUAGCCUAACUCUGCAAGCGAUGGAAGGAAUCAGGCGCAGUGUGGUCUGAACUGUGGUGACAUUUUGUUUGUAUAUAUUCUACACAUGUAUUUAAAGUGUUUAAAUGGCUUAAGAAACAAAGUGGGUCUCAUAUCAGAGAGUAAGGCAGUGCGAUGAGUGACGUCUUACUGUGGAGGGUGAAAUAGUUCAGUAGUCCAAAUUCAGUCUGUUUCAUCUCUUUUCUAUCACCAUCAAGGCAAACAGGGUGUGAAUAGUCUAAUGUGUGCUUAUAGAGCUUCUAAUGGUGUAUAUUUGUUGGUGUUUACUACAGUAUCUGUGGGUUUACAUGCACACCAGCUCCUGUUUAACCAGGAUCAUGUGCUAUACUCUGAGGCGGUGCGAGGUUAUCCAGGGUCACAACGAAAACAGAAUAUGCUAGUUUGAUGCACUGGUAUUGUUUUGUGUACACCUUCCACUUGCACUGACUGCAUAGUUUCAACCUGUUGAGCUCAGGCUACAUGUGAAACAAAGUCGAUACAGCAGGAUAUCUCGAGGUGCAUUCUGUAGCGUCAGUUGUUCAAACAUUUCUUGGAGGCAGAACUGCUCCAGAAAUAAUUACAUGCAUAAGUGGGUGCAGCAAAAGUUAUAUAUAUAAAUACUUAACUAGAACAAAUGUUUCUAUUACGGAUGCUUGAAUUUGGUUAAUAAAGAGGUAUGACCAAGAAGUGAUUCCAAUUCCAAUUUUAAUGAACAUAUUUUUGACAUUUCUGAACCAUAUCUUUUGACCGAUACCGGCUACUAUGGAAGCAAAGAAAUGCCAUAAUAAUUUAUAAAAAUUAAAAGCAACUGUUUACCUAACUGUAAGAUUUAACAGCUACGGAAUAUUCAUGAAACUGAAAUAAUGCUGAAUUUAUAGCAUUAAUAUUUUUUACUUGUUUUUUUUCUUUCUUUCUUUUGUCCACAGUUCUUCCAGGUUUCCAGUCACUCGAAAUGUUUUUUCUUGAAUCAUGUGACUGAUAGAACGCGACCCAAUAGACACCUUGAUGUGAUAAUCUAAUUUAAAACACCCUCUUUUUUUUUAACUAGAAUUGGACUGAACAGAUUUUGAGUAGUUUUUCUGAAUUUAAACAAGUGAAGUUCUGUCUUAUAAAUUCAGUAGUAUUUAAAUCUCAGAAUCCGCUAUUCAAAUUCAAAUUAUCAUGGCCUCUCUUUGCUUCCGUAUAAGCCCACCAGUAUAUGAAUGAGGCUCUAAUAGCUAGUUAUUUGAGGUUCCUUUAGCAUAGAUGCUAAUUUAGUCUACUGACUUUCUAAAACAUCAAAUACAAUGAAUGUAAGGAUAAGUUAGUCCUUGCCAGUUCCAUUAGUUCCAUUUUAAUUAAUAUUUUGAUCAGUAUUUGUCUUUUCUAAAUGAAGCCAUUGCUAACAUACCAGGAUAGUUUCUCCCCUAAGAAAUGUUUGUGAAAGUAGACCUUCACAUAUGAGCUCCAGUGUUAUUCACAAAACUGUGUGCAUGUAAACACACUCCACGUCUUAUGCAUUAGGAGAAGAGUAGAAGGUCCCAGUGCCAGUAUUAUGAGUUUAGAAGAUUAACUUAAGUUAGUGAUACAUGCCUGACAUAGUCUAAAAGUGGGUUGAAUACAGAAGUGUUUGUAUGGUCAAUAAAAGGGAGAUCAUUUUCAGGAAUCCCAAAGAGCCACUGUAUGUUGUAUCAGGUUCAUCUUUGUCUUUUUUCCAAACAAAGUUGCUUCUUUGGUCAGAAAAUCAGAAUAGCUAUGAACAGUUUUAAAACACUCAGAAGAAAGAAAGUUGUUUAAAGUGCUUGAAACAUUUAAAGCAACCAAAGAAAUAGUAUUACUUGUCAAAUAAUAGGUUCUCUUUGGGUCAAAUCUUGAACAUAUAUUCAACUAGAGAUGUGAAUCAGUUACUGUAUAUUGUCCAUAUUCUAAUUGGCUGAUGCAGAUUUGUCUUAAUUUGCCUGUGAAAAUUAAAAAUUAGGACAUUUUCCCUUCACAUGGCUGUCAUUGAACCUGUGACACUGUGGCUACAGUACCAUCUCUGUUUAUACAAUAUGACUUUAUAUUUAACUAUUCAGAUAUGAGUAUAAUCCAGUGGUUGAUGACUGUUUGAUGUUCCAAAUAUGAGGCUCAUAUUUGCAUGUGGAUGGCAUAAUGGUGCUCAACAGGACAGUGUUCACACACAAAGUAACUUAUUCCGAGUUAUGAACCGGCUCAUUGUGUAUUUUGCUGCUCUAAUGCCAUCGUUCACCGUGCUGAUUAUUCUCAGUUAUGUGUGUGUGUGUACUGAGAUCAUACAGCUUGCUGGCAAGCUCAGAUUAGGUUGCAUUCAGUGAAAAUCAGAAAACAUGCAGCUAUCUUUGAUUUCAAUGUGUUAGCAACGUGCAGCUCAAAUGUAUCCCUUCUCCAGUGAAAUGUCUCCACAAUUAUUGGAUGGAUUGGCUCAGAUUUAUUUGUAAGCAUUCAUGGUUCCCAGAGGAUGAAUCCUAAUGACUUUGAUGAUCCUCUAAUACCACCAUGAAAUCAACAUUUUUAAUAUUUGGUGAAACAUCUCAACUUUAGAUAGUCUGUCAUUAAAUGUGGUAGAUGUUCAUGUUCCCCUCAGGAUGGUCAAAAUUUUAAUUUGUCAAAUACUUUGAUUUACAAGAAAACCAAUGACAGUCCCAUGAGCCUCAGCUAACUUUGUAUUAGUGCUAAUCAGCAAAUGUUAGCAAGCUAACAAGCUAAUUUACAAUGGUGAACAUGGUAAACGUUAUACUUGUGAACAAUCAGUGCGUUUAAUUCAAAGAACCGCCUAAGUGCAGCUUUAAUGGAGCCACUUGUAUGGCUGUAGACCCGCCCAAUCAUGUUAAUAUUAAAAAUAGUUUUUAAAUUGUGGUCAUCUUACAAAGACAAAUAUGUGGAAAAUUCAAAUCUAAUAUAUCACAAAUUGCUAACUGUUGGAGACCAGCCUCUUCUGGUUCAGUGUUCAGUGACUUUAAUAAGAAUGUAUUUGUGCUCAGCUUGUUUUACACUGAUCAGUCUGUCCCCGGAUACUUUCACACACACUGACCUCUGACCUACAGGAAAGAAUUUGGAUUCGAUUUUCUCGUCGCAAACAGGAAAUAUGUGACAUUCUAAGCAACUGACAAAGGUUGUUAUUCUGUUGUCUUCUGUCUCUGCCCUGGAUAUAUGGUGAAAUAUGUCAUGCUAUACGAACAACUGAACACCGGCAACAGCCGUCUGAAUGAUGGAUUGAUUAGCUGUCAUGAUAUAAGUACAGUAUGUUUAAACUGGACAAACUCACAGUAUAAGGUUGAUGUUUUUCAUGUAAGAUCUUUUUUUUUAAAUACAUCGUAAGUAUUUGUUCACAACUUGCAGUAUAUUGACAUUGUGGUCCUCCUGGACAGGAGGAUCUUUGAGAUUUUUAAAGGAAUGAAAAUCAGCCAUACACAACUCACUUGAGUAUUUUUUUUUAUUUCUUAAGUAUUUUUAUUACAGUUUCAUCUCUCUGUCAAACCAAUGUGAGCUGUACAAACGCUGUUUUCUCACCAAAUCAAGUCCCGAUCACUUUGUGUAUGGAAGCUAAACCCAGGAAGUGAUCACUUUGCCUUGUUAUGACUUGUUCGUAUUAGUUAACAUGCUGCUUUUGCCUUUACGAAGCCUUCAGAUGUGCGCUAGCUGUAGCUGACUGUCACAGUUGUUACCCCUCAUGUCUGCCCAUCACAUUUAAAAAAGAAAAAAAAACAGGAAGUGUGUUACCAGUGUUCAAAGAGUGUUUGCCAGUGAGCACAGUACAGAUGAACCACCAUGUUUAGACUGACAGACUGUAGUGAGACGACAGACUGAUGCCUUUCUCCGUGACACUUUGUGUUUUUUUUGUCACCACAUAUCUUAAAUCUCACAUUCUAGGAGCCGACCUUCAAAACCACCCCCGCCCCCCCCAACUGUUGGCCCAUUGAGCAGCUCUGCUGGAGCAGGUUAGAGGGUUUAGUGCCUUGCCUAAGGGUUAAGAGUGACGAUAGAAACCAACUUUGCAGUCAGAAGCUCAUUAUGUAAACCGAGAUCUCUGCAGGCCACCUUGAAGGGUCGGACUGACCUGUCCUCUGUGUCCAUGGCUGGAGCAGAUCUUAUCUUUGCAAGUCUAGUUUGACCUUGGCCUCGUUGACGCCAUGUUCAAUGCUAAUUUAUUGGAAAAUCUGUCUUGUAACCACUGGUAAGCAGUCUUUAAACACGUCACAGCCAGAGCAGGUAGAAGCAGUAGAACAGAUGUUACGUAGAUCGAGUAUAAACUUGUGUUCACGCAACUUUUAAGAAACUGGAGAAAAAAAAAACUGGGAAAAUGUUUCAAAGAUGUAGUUUUUAAAUUGUUCUUGUUGGAAUUUUCCAUCUGCUUUUGCUAUUAUACUCCAAUAUCCUCAUUUCAUGGCAUUUUUGGAGCAACUUCAGUCCUUUUUUUUUAUAAUAUUAACCCUUUGCUUGACUUCUUCAAAUACAUCGAUGAGAGUAGAGAAAGGUGUCAUGUGAUGCGCUAGGUGAAUGACCAUGGACGGAGCAGUGCGAGCGGGACAAUCUGACGGCAUGCACGCCGACCUUUGAGUGUGUCUCGGGUUGGAAACAGAUUUCCUUCUCUGCCUGGUUCUGUUCUUUAGUCGAUGCCACCAUGUUUGUCUGAACCAAUACCUGUCUGUCAGCAUUAAUAAAUAAACAUGAAAUAUGUUGAACAAGAAA